AUGGAAUUUCAAACAAUAGAGAAGAAACAUAAAAUUGAAAUUUGUAGGCAUACAUUGGUGUUUAUGGAUUUAAAGCAUUUAACCUUAGCUUUGCGACAUUGUGGAAGAAUUCGAGCUUUCAAACAUGGAAAAUCACUUCACUGCCAUUCAAUAAAACUUGGGUAUUCUCAGCAUGUAUUCCUGGCGAAUAAUCUCAUUUCAAUGUACACUGAUUUUAAGCUAUUUGAUAGUGCCCGUCGUUUGUUUGAUGAAAUUCAUGAAAGGAAUGUAGUCACUUGGACUACCAUGAUCAAUUCAUAUGUUAGUGCUGGUAAUCCAUUUGAAGCUCUGAGAAUGUUUAACUUAAUGUCUGAGUUUGAGUUAGAGACACCCAAUCCUUUUACCUUUUCGUCGGCUUUAAAAGCAUGUUCCCUUUUAGGGGAUCUGGAAAUGGGUAAAUCAAUCCAUAAAAGUAUUUUGAGAGGUAGUUUGCAGUGUGAUACAGUUUUGAUGAAUACCCUUUUGGACAUGUAUGUUAAAUGUAGAAGUUUGAGUGAUGCUCGUGAAGUUUUCGAUGCCAUUUUGUCGAAAAAUUCAAGUUCAUGGAACACAAUGAUUGAUGGGUAUGCUAAGGAAGGUCAGAUGGAUGAGGCUGUUAAUCUAUUCCUACAAAUGCCUCUACCAGAUACUGUUUCCUGGAACACUGUCAUUGCAGGCUUCACGAGUCUAGGUGAUAGUUCAAAGGCCCUAGAAUUUGUGCAAAUGAUGCACAGGCAUGGUGUUCAUCUUGAUCAGUUCACAUUUCCUUGUGUUUUAAAAGCGUGUGGUUGCUUGAAUAUGUUGAGAGCAGGAAAGGAGAACCAUUGUUACGUAGUUAAAUCUGGUUUUGGAUCUUGUUACAUUUCUGUUUCAGCUCUUGUGGAUGUGUAUGGAAAAUGUGGUGAAGUGGGUGAAGCAAAAGCACUGUUUGAUGAAUAUUUAUUAAGCUCUUGUGGAUCUACUCGUCAUAACUUAGGAGUUUGGAAUUCUAUGCUCUCUGGGUAUGUUCUCAAUAACUGUAAUGUCAAUGCUCUUGAACUGGUCUCACAGAUUCAUAAAUCAGGUGCAGGUCUAGACUUCUAUACAUUUAGUAGUAGUUUGAAGGUGUGUAUCAAUUUGUUGAAUUUCAGACUUGGGUUACAAACCCAUGCUUUAAUAGUCACUAGUGGGUAUGGAUUAGAUUAUGUGGUUGGAAGCAUUCUUGUAGAUUUCUAUGCCAGACAUGGAUAUGUUGAAGAUGCCUUGGGUCUUUUUAAGAGGCUUCCCAAUAAGGAUAUGGUUGCUUGGACUGCUUUGAUCUCGGUUUGCAGUCAAAAUGGAUCAAGCCACUUAGCUUUUUCACUGCUCAGAGAUAUGAUAUGUCUGAAUCUUCAAGUAGACCAUUUUGUUACUUCGAGUGUUCUUAAAGCUUGCUCUACUCUAGCAGGGCUAGGAAGCGGCAAACAGGUACACACUUAUUGUAUUAAGUGUGGAUAUGAAUCAGAGCAGAUAACAGUUACAUCCAUUAUCGACAUGUAUUUAAAAUGUGGUGAGAUUGACGAUGCUCUAACUCUGUUUAGCGGCAUAAAUGAGAGAGAUACGAUAUGUUGGUCAGGCAUCAUUGCGGGGUGUGGGCAUAAUGGAAGAUCUAAGGAAGCACUGGAGUAUUUUAACGAGAUGAUAAAAUCAGGAGUGAAACCGAACGAGGUCACAUAUUUAGGUGUUCUCUCUGCAUGCAGACAUUCUGGUUUGGUUAGUGAAGCAUUGUUGUUCUUUAAAUGUAUGGUAGUAGAACAUGAAAUAGAACCUAAGCUAGAGCAUUACGGUUGCAUGGUUGAUCUUCUUGGUCGUGCUGGAUAUUUAAAAGAAGCCGAGAAGUUGCUUAUGAGUUCUCCAUAUCAAACUGAUCAAACUUUGUGGAGUUCCUUGCUCUGGGCCUGUGGAAUUCAUGGGAAUGCCGAAAGUGGUAGUCGCAUUGCAAGACACCUUGUAUCUCUCUCUCCAGGAAAUCCCUCUGUCUAUGUAACACUUGCAAAUGUUUAUGCUAGUUUGGGAAUGUGGGAUGAUGCAACCGAAGUAAGAGCAGUUAUCAAAGAAAUGGGUAGCAAGGAAAUGGGCAAAAGCUGGAUUGAAGUUCAUAGUUGAUAAAUGAUGACUGACAAGUUGAUUGAAGCACACAUCUUACAUGUUGAAUUCAACAGGCUUGAGAGAGAAAGCUCCCCAUCUUUGUAGCCACAGGAACAGUAAAAUUUGAGUCUGAUACGACUUUCUCCUGUGGCUGCUAGACCCAUGCUAAUUUAAGUUUUUGCAGGACAAUCCAAUUGGAUGCUGACUGCAAGUUCAGAAUCUAGAGCCAUCUUCUCUCAUUACAGUUUGAAAUAAUGAUUCAAGAGCAUCAAUAUCGGCGAGGUUCUCUUCUAGAUAACCUCUUGCCGCCGCCUGAGGAAGGUUGUCAAAGCAAGACAAAUUAUGCGUACUAUCGCUAAUGAUUCCGCAGGAGCAACUUGUUGCCUGGACUGUCAGCCCGGACAAGCAGUAAGGGAGCGGAAUGAGGGCAAGAAGGAGGAGCGCCAGGUUAGUAAGAACCGGACUCUGGAGAGAUGAGGUGCCAUCGAAAACAUGGCGGAUGUGGGGUACCUCUUCGGGUAUAGUCAAAGGAUGGCCACUGAAUAACAACGCCUAUUGUAUUUUUGUAAAGGAGAUCAUUAGAAGUGCAUGUGUAGUCAUCCUGGUGUGGCUUUUCUUAUAAAAGGAAGCUGAUCAUUCAAUAGAGUUAUGUAGAAUAUAAGUUUUACUGCGGUUUUUUAAUAGAGUUAUGUACAAGUACAAUUGGGAAUUGAAUACAACAAGAUAAACUGAAACAUAGCAUACAAACAUUACUUAAAUGAAAAGGAACACAUUAUAUAGCAUUCUAUAUAUAUAUGUACGAGAGACCAUGAUAUUAUGGGGUACUUACUUCUCAAUAGACAUAUCGUUGGGUUCACUGUACUUACCGACGUGUGAGUUCAACUGGUAAGGACAUGGGGGUACAGAAACUUCAAGCAUUUGUGUAACUUUCUUCAUUGACGGUCGAACCAAUGGUUCUUCCUGAAUACACCAAAUAGCUAUCAUCACCAGCCUCUCGAACCUUCCCAUGUCGUUCAUCACUUGUCAUCAUCCUCCACAAGAUCAUGUAGUUUGCCCCCUUUCUGAAGCAAUCAUAGACCCAAUCGGUGAGAAUGGCUUUUAUAUCUUCUUCUCCUAGCUCCUGGUCAACUCCUUUCCUGCAAGAAAUU